AUGGCGACGGCCACUAUCACAACCGCCAUUGAGCUUGAAUCGCACCCGGACAAUGUCGCCAGAACGACAGCUGCCGCUGUCCACAGUACCAGUAGUAAUUACUCCACAGAACGUCGCGAAGAUGACGAUGUCAUGCAAGCAUCGCUCGCCGCAGACUCCGAAGUCCCUGAUGGCGGCUAUGGGUGGGUUGUAAUCUUUUCGUGCGCAGUGCUCUGCUUCUGGUUCGUCGGCACAACGUAUUGUUGGGGCGUUUUCCAAGCAGCGCUGGUAGAACAGGGAGUCGGCUCAGCUUCGACGCUGGCUUUUGUGGGAUCGCUUACGACUGCUUGUAUCUCGUUCAUGGCUGUGCUCAAUGCCCGAGUGGUGCGCAAAUUAGGCACGCGGUUGAGCGGAAUGCUUGGUAUCUCGUUGUUUGGAGUCGGUGAAGUGAUGGCUGGAUUUACGACGGGGAAUGUGGUUGGGCUGUUCAUGACGAUUGGGCUGGUCAUGGGCUUGGGAGCGAGCCUGCUCUUUAUGGUCGUGUCUGUUACACCAGCUCAGUAUUUCAAGACCAAAAGAGGAAUCGCCAACGGAAUCGUCUUCUCAGGGGGCGGGCUUGGUGGUGCCAUUACCAGUUUCGUGACGAACGGUCUCCUGCAGGCUCUUGGUGUAGCGUGGGCAUUCCGUGUGCUCGGAUUCAUUACGCUGGCCACAGGCUUGCCAGCAGCCUAUCUCAUCAAAGAGCGCGUACCGGUUCGACCGACCUCCUUCGUUGAAUGGCGUCUGUUCCGUGACUACCGGUUUAUACUUAUCUUCCUAGGAGGCGCACUUGCGACGUUUCCCCUUUUCGUGCCCCCGUUCUUUCUGCCUCUCUACACGAACUCGCUAAACAUGACCCCCAGUGCAGGUGCAGGUCUGGUAGCUGCCUUCAACUUCUCAUCAGCUAUUGGCCGUUUGCUUUGUGGUUUCAGCUCGGACAGAAUUGGACCGUUGAAUACAGUGUUUUCGUCCUUGUUGCUAAGUGCCUUGAGUGCGUUGGUGCUCUGGCCAGUCUCUACUUCCUUGGGGCCACUCAUCGUCUUUGUGAUCGUCAACGGCAUGGCUAAUGGCGGCUUUUUCGCUACCAUGCCAACCGUUGUGGGCAACGUGUUUGGGUCGGCAAGGGUGUCUGUGGCUAUGGGUAUGGUGGUUACGGGCUGGGGCGGUGGCUAUCUCUUGGGGGCCCCCAUUGCAGGAUAUUUACUGAAUGCUGGCGGAGGCGUAAAAGGGGGAUUUGACGCUUUUCAUCCUGCAAUCUAUUACGCUGGCUCGAUGGCUCUUGGUUCAGCAAGCUUGAUGUUGAUGGCACGUUUAGGAAUUGACCGGAGAUUGAUGCAGCGGAUUUGA